AUGGGGACGGUCACGGCAGCGACGGCGUUAUUUGUCUUGUGUCUUUCAUCCCGUGGUGUUCUUGCAGAAGAGACCAAGGGAGAAAGCGAAUUCAUCAGUCCGUUUGCUGCGAAUGUUGCAGGAGCGCUGACAGGAGCGGCUCAAGGGCUGGCCACUGGCGGGAUUGCGGGCGGAAUCGUCGGCGGUCUCGCGGGUGGCCUCCUUGGGGCCAACAUCGGUCAGCCACAGCAAGCAACUGCGCCGCCCAAAGUUGCCGUGAAACUGAUGCCCAGCAAGCACAUGAAGAUUGCGAAACGUGACCUACAAAGCAUCAUCGGUGACCUUCGGCAUGAAAUCAGGAAGCAGGUGUAUAACGUCGAGAAGCAGUACAUGAAUACUGCCAAGCCUGGACCAAGAGCGCUGAUGUACAGUUCUGACAGUUUUCUACCCGGUAGAGAGGCUGCUCGUUUUCAGGAAACCAAGCCACGAAACGACGUUCCACCCACAUCGCUGUCGAAUGUGCCUGUGUUUCAACAAACUGAUCGGGUACGGCCUCGGCACCAGCAACAGAUUGACGCGGAAAGAGGCAUUGUUGAAGCGCUAAACGAGCUGUCAGACCUUGCAGAGGUAGACAAAACGCCGGAAUCGGCAGCAAAGAAGGAGGUCAUUUUGGCUGACGGUCCUCUCUAAUCGUCUGGCUUGGAUCUCUGGUCGUGGGCCGAUAAAUGGACUAUGUGACUGCAGUUGGAUGUGUCAGCAUCUUAUUUUGGCAAGGGCCCUGAAUGUGCAAAAGUUACCUCAGAAUUUUUCGGAAGAAGGGAUGUCAGGCUGGUGAUACGACCGACAGGCUUUUACCAUGCAGAACGAAUAAACUCAUCCCCACUACCUGUUCCCCACCUUCAACGCAAACGAAUAGAACUUCAUUGCCAAAAACGCUUUAUUCGUGUUCAAAAAGCCGUCGUUAUUUUACCUGAGGCCAAACUGUUACCCUUGAGCUCACACACCCAUGAGCAUUACUGAGCGGACAUGCAUCUGACGUAAUCACUGCGUGAAGUCGAAAAUUGAUAGGGGAAAGUUCCCAAAUAAACGAAAAUGAACUCUCAGCAUCUCGUAACGCAUCCUUUGCAUGGUCUCAACGUAGAUACGCGUGUCAAGCCGAAGUCGCCCUGUACUUUCAUCAGAUUCCCACUAUUGUUGCUAACCUCAUUCCCGGUAUGGUCUGCGAAGAUUACGCCCGUAUCGAAGACGGGCGCUAGAAUAACUUGCUGCCAGCUCUGUUCCGUAAAUGGAAACCUGAUUCGAGACGACGGCAAUAAUCAGCUUGCAUUUUUCGUGCCACAGCUCGCCAUUGAUCGCGCAAACUACGGACUGACUGUGCCUCAAGCAAUCAACAAGAAACCCAAGUGACAUUACCCACAACUGAUUCACCACACCCAUACCGAGAUUUAGAGACCAUGCAGCCAACACGGUGAUAGACUCCCAUGUCCACACCACCAAAAGAAAUGGCUUCAAUGCUUGUCAAAACCAUUUGUCCACGGGCAAUCACCUGUCACGAGACAUUUAUUCCCGCAUCGCACUGGCACCCGCAACAUAUUUGGGGGGGAUGAAUUGUAAACACGCAUGCACGUUCAACAGAGGCAGAGAAGUACUUCCGACUUCAUAGUUUGACGUCCUUGUCUCUGCUUAUUCUCUUUUGUCUGUCAGCACUUCCACACCCCCGUCAGUUGACGCUUUAGAUCUCCUGAACCACAAGCCAAU